CCAAGGGUAAUACAACAUGAAGCCAUCUGCAGUGUUACUGUCCCUCCCUUGGGCCAUAUCGGUUGAAGCAUCCUCUAUCGGUCAACCGCAACCACCUAAGUUUCAAUGGACAGAUCUUCCGGCUGUUGGUAAUGGCGCCGCCAUUCAGGAACACGGCACUACAGCGACCAAUACUCAUAUCUACCUUCUGGGCGGCAUUUCACCUAACGCUAACGCCAGCAUACCAGCGAUCCAGUCGAGAGACACAUUCGAGGCUUACUCGCUUGAAGAAGGCACAUGGGAAAGUCUCACUCCAAUCCCGGAGGCUUUUACCCAUAUUAACGCCGCUGCUGUUAACGAUAAAAUCUACUUGCUCGGAGGUCUCACGGGAAAUGGAUCGGAUAUGGUGUGGCGGUCUUCACGCGACUGUUUUGUCUACGACAUCGCUGAACGCACAUGGACGGCCCUACCCCCUAUGCCGGAGGGACAAGGCCGUGGUGCUUCAGCUGUAGGAAUAUCGGGAAAUAUCGUGUACUUGGCUGGAGGGUUAGAUCGGCUCGAAAUUGGUGGCGAUCAACUCACUCUUGAUAUAGUUACCGCAUACGAUACCGAAACGGGAACAUGGACAACGUUACCAAGCAUUCCUGCACCGAGAGAUCACGUCGGAGGAGCAGUCAUAGACCAGAAGUUCUACGUUGUUGGCGGUCGCGAUCACGGGCAAGUGAACGUGCGUAACACGACAUGGUCUCUCGAUCUCAACCCGCCAUCGAAAGGAUGGGUAGCUCAUGCCGAAAUGCCUACUGCCCGCGGUGGACUUGCGGUUGGCGUCAUCGGUGAUUGCAUUGCAACUUUCGGAGGCGAAGGCAAUCCAGCACCCGAGUCCAACGGUGUAUACAACGAAACGGAAGUUUAUAGUGUGAAGGACGAUGUAUGGUUCAAGCUACCGGCGAUGCAACACCCCAGGCAUGGUACGGCAGCAGCCUCAGUCAACGGUCGCAUCUAUAUCCCGGGUGGUGGUACUGCCAUGGGAUCGGCACCAGUAGAUACGUUUGAUUCAUUCGAACUGAGUCAUUGAUAUCCUAUCAAGGCUAUGGGAAGAAUCGGGCGGACUUCUAAGGUGUGAAAUAGAUUUAUAUGUCAGUAUGCUUUUAUAAAAUCAAAGUUAUUACUUAGAUCUUGUCCGAUCCUAGGUAUUUAUAUAGAUACUAUGUAUAAUUCCGAGCUACCUUGAGUAGAAAGGCUCUAUAAGUAAACCGUAAAUAUUGUCUAGUUAACUUAGGUAGUGAGAACUAAGAGAAGUUGUUAGUUUUAGAGAGGCGAGAUGUUAAUCAGUUAUGCUUUAGACUGAAUUAUACUAAAUAAAGUAUUGGAGCUUUUGCGAUAUGAAAAUAUGACUUGGGGGUUAAAAUAUCUUUAAUUAAAAAUGGCUAUUCUGAUUCA